GUCGCGCGACCUGUUGACCGUUGCUCUCAUAAAUUUACUGGCUUCUGUUCUCCGCUCGCAAACCAAACACAUCGGAGACCAAAGAGGAGUUUUUGCUGCCGGUUUGACAGCAUCUACAGAGCCAUGUCCGGUCUAAGUGGAAAAGUCCAGACAGUGCUGGGCCUGGUGGAUCCGAGCCAGCUGGGUCGCACCCUGACCCACGAGCACCUGACCAUGAGCUACGAGUGCUGCUUCUGCCCUACGGCUCCAGGGGAAGAGGCCAUGACAACUGCACCCAUGGAAAUGAAGAACGUGCACUGGAUCCAGCAGAACCCAUACAGCCACCGGGAGAACAUGCUGCUGUCCCAGGAGACGGAGGCCGUGCGGGAGGAGCUGCUGGCCUUCAAAAAGGCUGGAGGGGGUACCAUAGUGGAGAACACCACUACAGGUAUUGCUCGGAAUCUGCCCGUGUUGCGGCAGCUGGCCAAAGAAACAGAGGUGCACAUCGUGGCAGGGGCGGGAUACUACGUGGAUGUCACUCACUCGGCAGAGAUGAGGAAGAUGACGGUAGAGAAGCUCACUGAUGUUAUAGUGAAUGAGGUGCUGCAUGGGGCGGAUGGCACUGAUAUUCGCUGUGGCGUGAUUGGGGAGAUCGGCACCAGCUGGCCAAUCACAGACAGUGAAAAAAAGGUCCUUCGCGCAGCUGCCCAUGCCCAGACUCAGCUAGGCUGUCCAGUCAUCAUCCACCCAGGUCGGAACAACACUGCCCCCAAAGAGGUCCUCCGUAUCCUCCAGGAGGCUGGAGGAGAUGUCUCCAAAACUGUCAUGUCUCAUAUAGACAGGACCAUAUUUGAUGCUGCUGAGCUGCUGGAGUUUGCGAAACUGGGAAGCUACAUUGAAUAUGACCUCUUUGGCACAGAAAUGCUGAACUAUGUCUUCAACACAAAGGUAGACAUGCCGAGUGACAGCCAGAGGAUUCAAGCGCUGGCGUACCUAAUCAAAGAGGGCUAUGAGGACAAACUUGUCAUCGCUCAUGACGUCCACACCAAGAACCGUCUGACCAAGUACGGUGGCCAUGGCUACUCCCACAUCCUAAAGAACAUUGUGCCGAAAAUGCUUUCUCGGGGCAUUACCCAAAACCAGGUGGACAAAAUACUGAUUGACAACCCUAAACAAUGGUUAACCUUUAAAUAGACAAAGUAGAACCUGAAUGGAUCAUAAAUUAGCUAGGCCAAAGACUCUGUGAUCAGGUACUGAAACUGUUUAGUGCUUUAAGGCCCAGCACAGUUGUUUUUAACAUCUUUCAAUAAUAAAUAUUUUAUAGACAAUUUCAUAUAUUCCAAUUACUAAAUUUUUCCUAAAAAUGACCCUAAAUGGGUGUUUCGUAUUUCCCUUUUCUGUGUCACCUUUUACCAUUUUGCCAUGUGGGCGCAGAGCUCAGUGAAUAGCAUAUUCAUUAGAACCUCUUCAUUUAUAGACUCUGCAUCAAAUGUAGCAGCACAGUUCUUACUCACUAUCCUCAAACACAGUGCAGGGAACUACCUGCCACUAAGCCAACCCUACAAACUUGAACCUCAACCUAAAAAUCUUCCCAGCCUUGUAGCAGCAGUGUCUAUUUAGGGUCAGAUUCUACAGUUGUGUUAUCUAGUUAACUUAUACCCUCCAUCAGCUUGUUGGUCAGGAAUUUCUGAAUAAUUUAGUCAGUAGGAGUAGCCGUAUCUUGUACCAAAAAUAAUAAUAAAAUAAUAUGAACACUGUUUUUAAUCUGUAACAUCGUAUGUGCAAUCAGUACGACAGAUGACUUUCUUUGUUGUUAACUGAAGGUUUGUCGGCACACUGGCUGAUUAUGAGCCAUGACCAAUAUUAUUCAAAAGAAAAAAAAAAAGAAACAUGUCUUCCAUGUUACCUGCAGUAACAGCAGGUAUCAGGAAAGCUGUUUGAUUCAGCUUGAGUCAGCUGGCAAAUCCCGAGCUGUGCUGAGCUCAAUUUUUAAAUGAGUCUGCAGUAAAAGGCUCUCUACACACUACACACUCUCGUACAUGAUCCCUAGAGAGAAAUUUGGGCCAUUUUGGUCUCAUUAUGUGGAACUGAAUGCAGAGAGUGACCAUUCUCCCUCUUAUAACCGGAAACUGAGCAUUUGAAAACGUGUGCUAUUUUGUACUAGUUGCGUGUGGAGUGUGGGAGGGUGAGUUGAUUUCAUAGUUGAAUGAAUAUACAGUAAGUUAGUCUGUAAUUUGAUGUAGCCGAUUAGUUUACACCAAAUAAAGUGUAAUUUCAAAACAGUGGUUAUGGGGCAGUGUAAUGAUAUUUUAAAACUUCAGAAAUUACUUUAGGCCAUGGGUGCUCAAUCCUGCAGUGUGUCCCAAUUCAGGGGCUGGAUCCUUCGAAGGACACGGUCUACAAAGGCGUGUUCUUCGAAGGCUGCUUAGACCUGCAGAGGCUGAAACGAAAUGAGACGCUCAGCUCUACAGCGGAUUUUCUGUGUGCGUCACAGCACUGCUGUUCCUGCCCUUACCGCUGCACCACAAAACGCCGCUCCUGUCAACUUCUUUUAAAGUUCUUUAGAGAUGGAGCCCGAAACUUUGAUUUUAGUUGUUUAUUUUUUCAUUUAUUAGAGCUGGAGAUUCUUUACCGCCGGCUACUGAUGAGAUUUUUUUUUUUUAAUUAUUAUUAUUAUUAUUUUUUUUUUUUUACAUUUGUAUCGUUCACCAUUCGCCUCAGUUUAAACCCAAUACUUAUAUUUAUAUAUAUUUAACUUAUAUUUAAGAGUGUACUCUUCAGCCACCAUUCGCUCCUUUGUUGAUGCCGCCAUGUUCUCGAAUCCUCGCCGGCUUGCAAUGAACCUUAGGAUAUGUCGGCUGGCGAAGGAUUAACCCGUUGGAUCCUUCGUUGCCGUGGAAAAGAAGGACAUAUUUCUUGGCCGCAUAUGAAGGAGGCUUUGAAAUGGGACAGUCUAGUUGCACUGCUGUGACGCAAUCAGCCUUCAAAUGCAGCCUCCCAAGGACGCAGCCCCUGAGUUGAGACUCACGGCUGGUCUGGGAGAUCUACCACCCUGGAGAGAAACCCAACACACCUGGCUCUAAUAUUCAGAUGCUCCUGAAGGCCUUCAUUAACUGGAUGAGGUGUGUUUUGAUUAAAGCUGGAACUAAGCUGUGCAGGGUGGUAGAUCUCCAGAACCAGGAUUGGGCACCCCUUGUUCAGGGACUCCCCAGCACACAAUAAAUGUUGUGCUGUAUAAUCAGAGACUUCCUGGUAAUGUAAUGUUUUGAGUAAGAAAGGUAAAAUACUGUGCUGGGCCUUUAAUUAAAAUGAACUGCUUGUGAUAUUAGUAAUAUGUCUUUGUUAGCAACAUGGUAUAUUAAUGUUUGAUUUAUGCAACUGAAAGCUGUGGAUGAAGAUUCAUCUUUGGCAACUACAACGAAUCAUGCAGACCUAUAAAUUCAGUAAGUCCAAAAAUUUCACCCUGGCAACUCCAUAGACAUUAUUAAAUGGAAAGAAAUGAAAAGCAGCAUAAGAUUUAUGAUGUUUUGUGUAAUUCCAUGAGGAAAAGCCUUGAUUUGAUUAAUUAGCAGCCUCCGUUCAAUAAAACAAGGUCGUUUUAGUCAAAUUUGGGACUUACUGAAUUUCAAAUGGGCACAAAGAUGAAUGAGACAUCCUUUGAUUUCACAUAAAUGCCUUCUGAUAAUCCUCUUCACUCAGUGGGGCCUGAAAUAAUAAGGGAUAUUCAAAUCAAUGCGAUGUUUAGACUUUAACAAAGUGUAAUCUGUCAUUCUUGUAUACAAGGACGAAAGCCUAAUUAAAUAUGCAGCCUAACAAUAGCAAUAACUGUGCUUACUAACUGCAGGGAAAUAAACGAUGCUCAUCAUUUUGCAAAGUCAA